GCGGACGCUCCCCCUUCUGGGCUGCAGCCGGCGCAGGCAGCCCCGGCAGCGGCAGCAGGCGAGCCGCGGCCCCGGCCCCGCGAGGCCAUGAAGGUGAAGAAGGGCGGCGGCGGGGCCGGCACGGGGGCGGAGCCCGCUCCGGGGGCCUCCGGCCUGAGCGUGGAACCUAAGCCGGAGCCGCAGCCGCAGGCGGAAUCCGAAUCCGGGUCCGAGUCGGAACCGGAGGCAGGCCCAGGGCCCAGGCCAGGGCCGCUGCAGAGGAGGCAACCGAUCGGGCCGGAGGACGUGCUGGGGCUUCAGCGGAUCACGGGCGACUACCUGUGCUCCCCGGAGGAGAAUAUAUAUAAGAUCGACUUCAUCAGGUUCAAGAUUCGGGACAUGGAUUCAGGCACUGUCCUCUUUGAAAUCAAGAAGCCCCCAGCUUCAGAGCGGUUGCCCAUCAACCGGCGGGACCUGGACCCCAAUGCUGGGCGCUUUGUCCGCUACCAGUUCACCCCUGCCUUCCUCCGCCUGAGGCAGGUGGGAGCCACGGUGGAGUUCACGGUGGGAGACAAGCCUGUCAACAACUUCCGCAUGAUCGAGAGGCACUACUUCAGGAAUCAGCUGCUCAAAAGCUUUGACUUCCACUUUGGCUUCUGCAUCCCCAGCAGCAAGAACACCUGCGAGCACAUCUAUGAUUUCCCCCCUCUCUCUGAGGAGCUGAUCAAUGAGAUGAUCCGUCACCCAUAUGAGACACAGUCUGACAGCUUCUACUUCGUGGAUGACCGGCUGGUGAUGCACAACAAAGCAGACUAUUCCUACAGUGGGACGCCCUGACCCCCCAACUGCCUUCUUCCCCAGGAGGGUCCUGGGACCUCAGCUGUGACUUUCCAGUGCUCACUUCUCACCCCAGGUCUUCUGCCUGGGAAGUGUCCCAGGGGCCCUGGACCCUGAGUCAGUGUUGGAAGGGAGGGUGCCUGAUGUCCCCAGCCCCAGUCCAUAAAGCGCAUGGGGCCUGGCAUCUGGGGUGGGAUGGGGUGGUAGGGGGCCAUUUGCCUCCAUCUCCAGGAAGGCCUCCUAUGAGAGGAGUAGCCAGAAUUUCUGGACAGCCUAAUUGGGCCUCUUGGGCCCAAGUUUCAGAACAGGGUUCCCCUACCCAGGCUUUGAUUGGGUCAGGCAGAGACCCAUUCUUUGUUUCCUGCCCACCACUGACAGGCCGUUUAGAUUUGUAAAUUCACAGAUGAAGAUCUUGGCUGCCAAGACUCCCAAAGGGGUUUAGGCUCUGGCCCCAGCCCUAGCCUCCAUCAUCAGGGGCCAAGAUACUGCCUGAGGUGUGGGAGGGAUCGGCCCCGACUGCCACCUGUGCUAGGGGCUGGACCAACUGUAUAUAGUUUUCAAUAAACUCUUUCGCCUUUUCUGUUCUCUGA